CGUUUUCUGCAACUUUAUUUAGUUUCUGAUUGACCACGCAAUCGGACCUCUCCAACAUGAAGAGUUUUCUAUUGUUUUGUUUGGUCGCUUGUGCGUACGCCAAGACGUACAACGAACUUUCUGGAGCAAUACCAUAUGGUUGGGUGGAUUAUGGGGCUUACGAUGGUUUGUAUAAGAUCGGCAAUGUAUCAGAAAAAUACCUGCCUAUGACCAUAGACGACGUAAAAGCCAGCAAGAGAGGCGCUCAGUUUCUUCACGACGUAAAGAUAUUCUUCCCAACUGGAUUCUACACAUUGCCGCCGUUAGAUCCAUAUUAUAAAACUAAAAUGCCUCCACUCGUCGUUGCUGAUGACAUUAACCUUUCGAUUCACGCAAGUCUAUCUAAUUUCAACGUUACUGGAUUAGUUUCAUUUACCAGUGAUUUAUUGGAAAUACGUUAUGGUAACGGUAGAGUGGAUUACAGAAUCUCGGUGCCGCAAGUACAAAUUGUUACCAUUGCUGAUAUUCGUUUGUUGGUUGGUCGUCUACUUCCAUUCAAUGCCGACGGACAGUUAAGCGUAAUCCUGAAUGACGUGGUGGUGCAAGGCGCAUUGCAGGUGGUUAAGGUGCAAUCGCAAGGCUCUUUGGUGUACCAGCUCCGAGGGCAGCACACGCGCCUGCACGUCGACGACCUCAAGGCGCAAUUUAUGCCAUAUUUAAAAGGACGUAGCCUUAACUCCAGAGUCCUGGGCUAUGAUUCUGGCGAAUGGGACGAUUUUCUUCACCGUCUGUUGGAUCACGUAAAUGAGUACCUAGCUAAAAUGGUCUACAAUCAAGCUAACGAAAUUCUCGACGGGCCGACCGUUGAUCAAGUAAACGCAUAUCUCCUGGCUAGUAAUCCCAAAUUAAGCCGCUUGUAACCGGAUUAUAAAUGUUCUAAUAAAUGAAUUCAAGAUA